ACCGCCGGGGCUGUCCUCCGCACACAGGUGGUCCAGCGUCAUGGCCGCGAACAGCUCGUCGUCCCCGAUGCUGCUGCUGCAGCUGGCCGUGCUGCUGGCCGUGGCGGUGCUGGCGUGCGGCGGCGCCAAGCAGCAGCAGGCGCUGCGGGAGGUGCGGCCCCGCGACGUGGACCUGGUGCUCAACAACGACGCCCUGCUCAACACGUUCAUCCGAUGCCUCCUGGAGAAGGGCCCCUGCAACCAGGACGGCUACCAGCUCCGCCGGCUGCUGCCGCAGACGCUGGAGACCGGCUGCGAGAAGUGCACCGCCAACCACAAGCAGCAGAGUGAGCGCGUGAUUCGUUUCUUGAUCGCCCGCCGUCCCCGGGACUGGAAGCUGCUCGCGAACAAGUACGACCCCAAGGGCGAGUACGAGCGCCGCUUCGCCCCACCGGGCACCCCGAACACCCGGGCCUGAGCAGGUCAAGGUCAGAGGGCCGGCCGGCUCGUUCUGACCGCCUGCUGCUCGUUGGUCUUUUCGCGGCUGUGUCGUAACAUCAUGCAAGUGUCAGUCAAUCUCGUGUCGUCGUUUUUAAAAUAAAAAAAAGUUUCACCUUC